UGCAGCUUAAGUCUCUUUAAUGAGAAGUUUACUGAGGGUGCUAUGAAACAUGGGCUCCCGUAAAUUAUACAGAUGCAUCUGCCAGUUUUUCCUCAGUAUGCAGAUUGUUUGUGGUUUGGACAAGGUGAAGCUCCUGAAUCCUCCAGAGGAAGCUGUCCCAGAUCAUCUCCUGAGAAUUCUCUACUCUUGUGAUGUAGCUGCUACAAUACAGCUGGACUGUGUUGUAUCAUUUGAAACUGGCACAGUCUCCACAAUCCUUAUAAGACAGUGGAGCUGUGUCCCUAGUGACCUUUUAAUAAAGACUGUGAAGCUGAAUCUGCCAGACUGGUUGGUUUAUCAAGCAGACGGAAUAGUUCCAGAGUCUCACAGCGUGCUGAGUUGUUUUCUUCGAGUCUCGGUUAAAUACAGUGGUUCUGAUGAUACUAAAAGAUCUGCUGGUUCUCAGGAUGUGGCAUCUUUGCAGCUUAAGCCCUUUUUUUGUCGACCUGUCAAGCAGCAUCAGCUCUGCACAGCGUGGAGCAAACAAAUGUUACAAUUAACCCGGCGUUUUUUACAGAAACAGUGCCCUUCAGAGCAAGAAAACAUCCAUCUUUUGUCUGCAAUCUAUGCUUCAACUGGAGAAAGUUUUGGUAUAACAAAGACGCUGCACCCACACAAGAAUGAGCUGCUGGAGCACUUCCGUCUUAACGCUAUUUCCUUUCCUUGGUGUGAACUUUCCAUGUGGAUAUUUGUGACCAGGGAUUGCAAGGCCAGAUUAUGUGGAGUGUUUCAUCAUAUUGAUUCCAAUAACAAUUAUGCCACACCAGCACUUUUCCUCACAAAAUCAGGCAAGCUACACAUUCAGAUAAGUGGAGUUUCUGAAGAAUCUUCUGCAUUUCUCUCCUCGUUCACCAUGCCCUUAAAUAAGUGGUGCCAACUCAGUUUGGUGUUACAAGGAAGAACUGUCACUGUCUCCUUGGCGUUUAUGAAUAACGGGGAAAGAAAGGUUAAAUCUUCAGAACACAUGUUGAGUCAUGCUGCCAUGUUUGAUGACACAGAAGGGUAUUUUGUGAUUGGUGGAGGGAAAUACAUCCAAGGUGUGGAGGGCUAUUUUGGACCAGUGGUGUACUACCGCAACAGAGUUCUCCAUAGCAUGUCUGAAGUUGUUAUUCCAGAUGUUAUAAAAAACACAAACCUGACUAGAUGGCUGCAGAGCUGCCAAGAAUUCAUUUUUGACAUCACGGUCAAGAUCAGCGGAUUCACACUCAAAGCUAAACACAAGAAAGAAGGGGAUACCUGUUUUGAUAUUUUCCAUGAGUGGGUGGAAAUGGAGAGAAAACCCCCAAAUUCCCAGUGUGAGUCCUGGGAGGAGGCUCUUCCUCGCAGAAAGCUGGCUGUCCAGCUAGCCAAGCUACUGGUUUUUAAAUAUGGAGGAACAGCAGUAAGCCCGUCGUCUGUUGGAAGAGCUCUGUAUUCCUUAUCACUUCAUAAGAUGGGGAAAACGAGCAGCAGUGCAGUGGUCAGCAAAAUAUUACCUCUGUUGCUCCAAGCUGGCUGCCUUGCUGACAACCACGCUCUGCACGUGUCAUCUGUGCUCUACAGCACUGGCCUAGGAGUCCAGAAACACCCCAUUAAGGCUUGGCUCCUUUCCCUGCUGGGUGCUCAAAGGGAUGAUCGGUUGGCACUUUUGCGUCUCGGGUACAUGCACCAGCAGGGGCUACAUGGUUUUCCUAAAGACCCAGAUCUGGCCUAUGCCUAUUACGCAAAUAUUGCAAAACAGACAACUUUAGACCUCCAUAACCCUACACCACAGCAGGCUUUCGUGGAAGCUGUACAUUUGAACAACGAUGAAGCUUUGAACCUUCAGACCAAUGAGGGCCAUCACAUCUUUCAGUGGCUGAAACUACAGGCCCGCAGAGGGGCAGCUGAGGCUGAGCAAACUCUUGCCCGCAUGCUCUUCUGGGGUCAGCAAGGAUUGUCGGCAAACAUUCAGGAGGCUGUGAAGCACUACAGAAGAGGAGCUGUCCAGCUAGAGGACCCAGUGUCAAUGUAUGACUAUGGAAUAAUACUCCUACUGGGCCAUGGAGUUGAAAAGGAUGUUCCAAAAGGUGUCAUGUUCCUCAAAAAAGCAAUGGAACAGGGUUUUGUUCCAGCAAUCAAUGCCCUGGCCUGGUACUAUGAGCAGUUUGAAAAGGACUACCAGCAGGCAGUGCAGUUGUGGGAAAAGGCUGAUUUCCUUGGUUCUCCAGAUGCCCCUUUAAACCUUGGUGUCUUGCACUCACAGGGCCUGUAUCCAGGAAAACCUGCUAACCAGUAUGUGGCCUACAAGUACUAUCUGAAGUCUGCAGAAAGAGGACAUAUGCGGGGAGCAGCUUUCCUUGCUGACAUCUGGGCUACAGGAAUACCCGACUAUGUUGAGAGACGUCCAUCAGAUGCCGUUUUGUGGGUUAAGUGGACAGCUGAGCAGAAUGGAUAUUUGGGCAUCAUCUUACAGAAAGCGCUGGAUUCCUAUCUCAAGAGUGACUUGUUCAUAUCUUUGUUAUUUUAUAUGAUGGCAGCUGAGUCGGGGUAUGCUCCUGCACAGUUCAAUGUGGCAUACCUAUGUGAAGAAAAUGUGGCCGGUUUGCUGGAUCCUGCUUAUGCAACAAGCUGUAUGUGGAGAUAUUACAAUCUCACAAUCCAGAGUCAGAAUCCAGACACUUACGCCUUCAUUAGGAUGGGUGACCUGUUGUAUGAGGGGUUGGAUGGCAGGCAGAAAGACUUUUUUUCUGCUGCACAGAUGUAUUCACUGGCAGCGUUAAGGAACAACCCACAGGGAUGGUACAAUCUCGGCUUGCUUGCUGAAGAAGGUUACAGACUGCCACUUUCCAUAAUGAUUGAGCUUGGCUUAUCUGAGCUGUACCUUGCAGACGAGAAUUUGCUUCUAAGUGCUUUGUAUAAAAGAUGCAGAGACUCAGACAAUACAGAUUCAUACUUGCCCUGCAGCCUCGCCCUUUUCUUUGUACUUUUACGAUCAUUGGAAAAGUCCUACAUUGCUGCGGUCAUUAAGGUUUCCACUGCUGUUGCUGUGGUUGCAUCUCCUGCAUUGUAUGUAAUAAUUGUCCUUGGUGUGCUCAGGAGACGCAUGAACCACCAAGACUCUUGACCCAAAUCUGACAGAAGGAACAAAAAGCAAAUGAAUUAUUUAGUGUAACAUCUCAGUUUAAAUGCAGGUUACCUUGGGGUCAAUAACAGUGUGAUGUAAUUUAUUUAAUGUAUUGGAUUAAAUAUAUUAUUUCAGCGGAUUAAGUAAUGUCAAAAAAUCUGUUUUAAGCAGUAAAGAAAAAGAAGGGUCUGCUCAUGUUCUGUAAGGUUGGAUCCUUCCCAGUGUGAAGGGUCAGCAGUUGUCUGUGCUGCUUUCUUCAGGCACAGGGACCUCAGCUGUUGUGUCUGGUUUUUGUUGAAGUUGCUUUUGCUGUUUGUAGGUCACAGCCCCUGAUGCUCUGCUGUAACCAUGACUUCUUAAUCUUAACCUUAAGGAUCGGCUACUUUUUUCCUUCCGUCUUUGCAACUCUUCUCAGUCUUUUAUAAGAUUCUUGCCAAAUAAAUGAUUCUAAAAGUUUGUA